UAUAAAUAGAAGCACAGGUCCCUCUCUUCACCUACAAGACCUUUGACAAGAUGCUUUCCAAGAGAUCCUCUAGACUUGCGAAUCUCAUCUCCGCUAGAUAUUCCAUCAAGACCAUGACAAUCUCAAACACCCAAGCUGCUGAUGGCAGACGUUACUCCACAACUGUGGGUGCCAGUGGAGCAUCGACGACAAGAGACACGACGAUAGGUUCCGUUAACCAGUACCCAGAUGAGUGCAUUAUGAAGGAGCCUAUUGGUGAGGCUGCUCGUGCAGCCAUCAAUGUUGCAAAGGCCACAAGACUCUCUGCUGUUGGCCCAAUUGAGUGUUCUCUCAACGGUUUCCAGCUGCUGAACUCUCCAUUGUUCAACAAAGGUUCCGCUUUCACACUCGAGGAGCGUGCUGCGUUUGGCCUCGAAGGUUUGUUACCUGCCCAGGUCAACGACCUUAAUGCCCAAGUUGAGAGGGCUUACAAGCAAUUGUGCUACUUGAAGACACCAUUGGCCAAGAACGACUUCUGUUCGUCAAUGAGAGUGCAGAACAAGGUUCUGUUUUACGAAUUGGUGAGAAGACACAUUAGAGAGCUGGUUCCAAUCAUCUACACACCAACUGAAGGUGACGCCAUUGCUGCCUACUCCCACAGAUUUAGAAAACCAGAAGGUUGCUUCCUCGAUAUCACAGAUCCAGACUCCAUCGACCGCAGACUGGCCAACUUUGGUGAAGAUAAGGAUGUUGACUACAUUGUUGUCUCUGACGGUGAAGGUAUCUUGGGUAUUGGUGACCAAGGUGUUGGUGGUGUCCGUAUUGCCAUCUCUAAGCUUGCCCUUAUGACCCUUUGUGGUGGUAUCCACCCAGGUAGAGUCAUCCCAGUGUGUCUUGAUGUUGGUACCAACAACAAGAAGCUGAUCACCGAUGAUUUGUACAUGGGUAACAGAUUCCCAAGAGUCCGUGGUAAGGAGUACGACGACUUUGUCGACAAGUUUAUCCAGGUUUUGAAGAGAAGAUUCCCAUCUGCAACUCUUCAUUUUGAGGAUUUCGGUGUCACCACUGGUCGUCCACUCUUGCAAAGAUACAGAAACGAGUUGGCUUGUUUCAACGAUGAUAUCCAAGGUACCGGUGCUGUUGUUAUGGCUUCCCUCUCUGCAGCCUUGAAGCACACCAACCGUAACCUUUUGGACUCCCAAAUUGUCAUCUACGGUGCUGGUUCCGCCGGUUUGGGUAUUGCUGAUCAAAUCGUCAACCACAUGGUUACACACGGUGCCACUGUCGAGGAGGCCAAGUCUAAGAUUCACGCUUUAGAUAUCAGAGGGUUGAUUCUCAAGUCCAUGAAGGAGACCUCCACUCCAGAUCAACACUCUUAUGCCGAUGAAGAUGCUGAUUGGGAGGGAAUCGACACAAAGUCACUGUAUGAAGUUGUCAAGAAGAUCAAGCCAACUUGUUUGAUUGGAUGCUCCACACAAGCUGGUGCAUUCACGCAGCAGAUUGUGCAAGAGAUGCACAAGCACAACCCACGUCCAAUCAUCUUCCCAUUGUCCAACCCAACAAGACUCCACGAGGCUGUUCCAGAGGACUUGAUGGCCUGGACAAACAACGACGCCAUGGUUGCCACCGGUUCGCCAUUCAAACCUGUCGAUGGAUGGGUCAUCUCGGAGAACAACAACUGUUUUGCAUUCCCAGGUAUCGGCCUGGGUUCUGUUCUUUCGAGAGCCAAGAUCAUCUCAGACAAGAUGAUCUCUGCCGCCGUGGACCAACUGGCUUCCCUGUCCCCAUUGUCCAAGGACCCUAAGGCUGGUUUGCUUCCACCAUUGGAGGUCAUCAACGACACUUCUGCCAAGGUUGCUGCUGCUGUCAUCCUACAAGCACUGGACGAGGGCCUUGCCCGUAUCGAGGACGAGGUGCAGCCAGGCAAGGAUGAGUACGUUACUGUCCCAAGAGACUUUGAUGCCUGUGUGGAGUGGGUGAAACAGCAGAUGUGGAAGCCAGAGUACAGACCAAUGGUGAAGGUGGAACACAGACACGAUAUCCACACGCAUCAGUUCUGAGCACAUUGGAACAACGGCAUUUGCUCUCUCGUCUCUUCUACACACCAGA